UGGGGUUGUACGCUGCAGGUUAAAGCGGACGCCCUAAUACUCUGUGAGGAACAGUCUUCGGCAGGUCUUGCCUCACCGUACACAGGUCUUCCUUUAGCUGCUUACUCCGUAUGGUAAGGUAAGGUAGGCAGGUAGGUGGUGGUCAAAGGAGGUAACAACUGUAGUGAGUUAGUUACAGGGAGGGAGGUCUUAAUAUAAGGUAAAUAUUCGAUGGAGGCAGCUUACGCGGGGGGUUAUUUCUCAACUGUUAUUCGUCUUACCUCUCCGCUCUUAAACAUACGAAAUAAGUAAUGCAUCAUAACGCAGCGACCUACGAAAACUUAUCUCUACCACCUUCAACUCACACGCGUUGAACAGCGGGCCUCUAAAAGAUGAUGCUGUAGGCCAAAAUGCAAUGAAUUUCCAACCAUUUGUUCAAUACUCGAAUCUAUGAUACUCAAAACUGGGGGUUCCAAACGUUCGAGAUCCUACCUAUGGCCAUGCAUCCAUAUGUGUCCAUCGCCGGUACUGUCCUGUAUUAUUUGUCUCUGCCUUUCACAGUCUCUUUUCGCUGGCUGUUGGUGGUGCUGGCACCACUGAUCCAUCUGAUUCGGUACAUUUUUUAUGGUCUGCUAUUCCCUGUCAGCCUCGCUGCGAAGUUCGAGACCAUCUACAUCUAUUUGGGUGUUGCUGUGCUCGUUGGUCUCCUUACCGGCUCUAUACUCCACGUUAUAAUAUCACUCCUCGCCUCCGCUUUUCGCCUUCACUCGACCUCGCGGAGAACCGCUCAGAAAGUAGGGAGGAAAAAGCGAGCAGUUAAACCCGACCGUGUGGCAGCACGUGCAGGGAGUCCUGGAGCUGGAAGAUUGCAUUUAUCCACAACCAAGGCAAGCCCAUACCUCAGAGAUUCCUACCUGGAUACGCGCCAGCUGCAUCGCGCGCAACGAAAGCAGGGCGGCUUGCUCUCACAAACAAUCCUUGAGGAAGAUGAUGAUUCUGAAUUUAGCAUGUAGCCUGUAUCUUGCGGGCCUUCGUCGUUUUUCUCACCAACCAGUGUUAAAUUUUUACUUGCGAGAAGAAACAUAGGGCCGCGAAAUUGAAAUUUGAUGUUUCAAAUCAGCGCCGGCAAAUGGCAGGCUGAUGGAUACAAUAUUUCCAACAUCUGAUUUAGGUACUAUUAUAUUGAAAAUCUUAUUGACGUG